AUGGACCAAUGGCGCACGGUCUGCCUCAGAUAUGGGCCAAUAGGACGCGCUGGCAGGAGGCUGUCCGUCACAGAUGAGGGGGGCCGUGGGGGAACAGGAGCGGGGGUGAAAAGGGCCCAGAGCUCAGUGCGCCUGUGUCCGUGGCACAAGUAUGAGGACGAGCAGAGCUUUGCCCGCGGAUGUACGAACCACCGAGCAGCGCGCAUCACCGGGGACCGCAAGCAGAUCACCACCUUCUGGAACUACGCCAUCCUGAACAAGAAGGACGACAGUCGGCACUUUGCUGAUGUGGACGUGUGCUUCUCCAAAGCAGCUUGCUGGAAAAUAUUUGGGGAAAUGAACAGUGUUUCUCGAAGAGAGGAUGGACAGGUUUGUGAACCAAUGAUGGACCAGAAAAUAUACGACUCAGACUCGGGGCUCAGCGACGACGAGAGUAAAGUCCUGUCAGCAUGUAAAUGUGAGAAAGACGCGGACCCGACGUCUGACGUGCAUGAGGAGACAGACCAGGAGUCCACGUGUGUGGAGCACGCCAAGAGUGACAGCGAGCCUAACAAUGCCACAGACUCCUGUAAGACAGAGGACAAAGGUCUGGAGCAGCCGAAGCAGCGGAAGAAGCGCUCCAGAGCGGCCUUCUCACACGCACAGGUCUUUGAGCUGGAGCGUCGCUUCAACCAUCAGCGGUACCUGUCUGGUCCAGAGCGCGCAGACCUCGCGGCUUCUCUCAAGCUCACAGAGACUCAGGUCAAGAUCUGGUUCCAGAAUCGUAGAUACAAGACCAAGAGGCGGCAGAUGGCAGCCGAACUCAUGGCCUCCACUCCCGCGGCGAAGAAGGUGGCGGUGAAGGUUUUGGUGCGAGACGAUCAGAGACAGUACAGCCCUGGGGAGAUCCUGCGGCCCCCACUGCUCUCUCUGCAGGCACCCUAUUACUAUCCAUACGCCUACUGCCUGCCAGCAUGGACCCUGUCUGCAUGUGCAGGCAACCAGUGA